AUGCGCUUGACGCAGGAGCAGCCAGGUCCACUGAGAAAGACCGAGAGGGACGAGGACUCAGCGGGGCGUCAUGGAAGGUGAUUGAAGUGCAAGGAGUGUUACACUUUUUAGACCAGAGCCACAAGAGGGUCCGCACCAGAGAGUCUGACUCAGAGAGUCUGGACCAGAGAGUCAGACCCAGAGAGUCAGACCCAGAGAGUCAGACCCAGAGAGUCAGACCCAGAGAGUCAGACCCAGAGAGUCAGACCCAGAGCGGCCAGCGCCCGGCCACCCCUGGGUGGCCCAUGCACACUUACGUCACCAUGGGUAGCCCCCCCGAGGUGCUCUCUUGGACCUCCUGCCCCGGCCUGCUAGUGGGCAAGCUGAAGGAGGAGCUGAAGCUCAGCGUGGUCGGAGACGCCAUGAAGAAGACGGGCCCCAAGCCCGACCCCCAGACCAUGGCCACGCCUCCCGACGGGCCCCUCCCCGAGAUCAUCACAGACCUGGCCCCUCUGCCUCCCCCUCCCACGCACCUCUGCGUCCCGCUCCCCACCGCGGCCGGCCCGGACGGGGUGUGCGCGCUGGGCAGCGUGACCCCCUCCUACGGCGCGCUCAACGAGGACUCGUCGGUGCGCGCCGAUGGCGGCGGCUAUUUUGACAACAGCGUGCUACAGCUGCGUGACCAGGAGGAGGCGGGGCAGGAGGAGGCGGCCUCGCCCGCCUCUUGCGACCAUGGCGGGUGCGGCAGCGGCGGGGAGGAGCACACGUGCACGGGACGUCCCACGGAGGAGCACACGUGCGGAGGGGAGGGGCAGAAGCAGCCCCAGUACCACCACCACCACCCCCACCCCGAUGACAUCAAGCUGCACUUCCACCGGGCUGGGCCCAACUCAGGGGGCUUCCUGGAGGGCUUGUUUGGCUGCCUGCGGCCCGUCUGGAACAUCAUUGGGAAAACCUACUCCACGGACUACAAGCUGCAACAGCAAGACAUGUGGGAGGUGCCCUUCGAGGAGAUCUCGGAGCUGCAGUGGCUGGGCAGCGGGGCGCAGGGGGCCGUGUUCCUGGGGAAGCUCCACUCAGAGGAGGUGGCCAUCAAGAAAGUGCGUGAGCAGAAGGAGACGGACAUCAAACACCUGAGGAAGCUCAAGCACCCCAACAUCAUCAGCUUCAAGGGCGUGUGCACGCAGGCCCCCUGCUACUGCAUUCUCAUGGAGUACUGCGCCCAGGGCCAGCUGUACGAGGUGCUGCGGGCCGGCCGCAAGGUCACCCCCGCCCUGCUGGUGGACUGGGCUACCGGCAUCGCCAGCGGCAUGAACUACCUCCACCUCCACAAGAUCAUCCACCGCGACCUCAAGUCCCCCAAUGUUCUGGUGACCCACAACGACACGGUGAAGAUCUCCGACUUCGGGACGUCCAAAGAGCUCAGCGAUAAGAGCACUAAGAUGUCCUUUGCCGGGACGGUGGCCUGGAUGGCCCCCGAGGUCAUCAGGAAUGAGCCUGUGUCUGAGAAGGUUGACAUCUGGUCCUUCGGGGUGGUGCUGUGGGAGCUGCUGACAGGGGAGAUCCCCUACAAGGACGUGGACUCGUCGGCCAUCAUCUGGGGGGUGGGCAGCAACAGCCUGCACCUCCCCGUCCCCUCCACCUGCCCCGACGGCUUCAAGAUCCUCAUGAAGCAGACCUGGCAGGGCAAGCCCAGGAAUCGUCCGUCCUUCAGGCAGAUCCUGCUCCACCUGGACAUCGCUGCCGCAGACAUUCUGGGGGCCCCUCAGGAGACCUACUUCAAGUCUCAGGCGGAGUGGAGGGAGGAGGUGAAGAAGCACUUUGAGAAGAUCAAGAGUGAAGGAACGUGCAUCCACCGCCUGGACGAGGAGCUGAUCCGCCGGCGACGGGACGAGCUGCGGCAUGCACUGGACAUCCGGGAGCACUACGAGAGGAAGCUGGAGCGAGCCAACAACCUGUACAUGGAGCUGAGCGCCAUCAUGCUGCAGCUGGAGGUCCGCGAGAAGGACCUCAUGAAGCGGGAGCAGGCGGUGGAGAAGAGGUACCCCGGGAACAACAAGCGCCACCCGGUCCGGCCCAUCGUCAGGCCCAACGCCGUGGAGAAACUCAUGAAGAAGAAAGGAAGCCUUUCCCAGAGGCCCAGCCUGCCUGGGGCUAGAAGGCCUGACCUCCUCCGCUCCGACGGGAUCCCCAGCCUGGAGCCUCUGCCCCCCCCCUCGCCGCUGGCGGCCAGCCCCAGGCUUUCCACGCCCCCGGGCAAGGCCCGCUACCGCAGCAAGCCGCGCCACCGCCGCGCCAGCAGCAAGGGCAGCCACAACGACUUCCCCGAGGUGCUGCGGCUCGGGCCGUCCGAGGACCCCCAGCCCCUCCGGUACCCCCAGGGGCCCAUCCUGCCGCUGAGGGGCCGGGAGCAGGCCGUGGUCAACUGUGCCAACAACCUGCGCUACUUUGGCCCCGCCGCGGCCCUGCGGAGCCCCCAGACCGACCACCUGCAGCGGCGGGUGUCGGGCACCGGCCCUGACCUCAUCUCCUCCACCAGCAUAGACUGUGACCCCCGCCCGCGGGCCCCGACCCCCCCCACCACCAACAGCCCCACCUCUUCUCCACUCGGGCCCCUCACCGGGUCCCUAGGCCCCUGCCGUCAGGCACACCCCUUGCCCGGGGGGCUCUCUGAUAGUCAGAACCCCCCUCGGAGCUACCCCCUGCCCCAGGGGCAGGACGAGGGGCCCCAUCCCGGCGCUGACGGGGAACCGGCGGAGACGCCCCGGCCGGGGGAGCCCGAGGGGCCGGCGCCGCAGGCCCCACCCUCCGCCCUGCCGCGGACCCUCAGACCGCUCAGGAAGGGCGGGGAUGAGUCCUCUGAAGAGGAGGAAGGAGAGGUGGACAGUGAAGUGGAGUUCCCAAGGAGGCCGAGGCCCCAUCGCUGCAUGAGCAGCUUCCAGUCCUACUCCACCUUCAGCUCGGAGAACCUGUCGGCCACCGACGGCGAGGAGGGCAACACCAGCGACCACUCCCGCAGCGGGCCCCUGGAGGGCCUCAGUGCCAGCCAGGAGGAGCACCUGGACGAGCUGCUGUCCCACACGCCCGACAUCCCCAUUGACAUCUCCAUGCAGUCCGACGGCCUGUCUGACAAGGAGUGCGCCGUGCGCAGGGUCAAGACCCAGAUCUCCCUGGGCAAGCUGUGUUCUGACGAGCACAGCUACGAGAAUCCUCUGCAGUUUGGGGAUUCGGACGGCGACUCCUCAGAGGCGGACGGCUCCGACGCCACCAUCAGGAACAACAAGGCAGGGGCCCCAUCCACCUGGUGAGGGCCCGACCCAGAGAGGCGGAGAGACGUCUGCAUCGUCCUCGCUCUUCCUCGAGACAUCUCCCCGCCACCCAUAGCAGGAAACUCAGCAAUAAGAGGAUCGCAAUGUAAACCCAAAAAGCAGCCUAUGAACUACAAAGAAGUUAAAAUGCAAUCGAUCCUAGAUGUCCAAUCCGAUCCCACUCAGCUCCCUCUCUUCCUAACCCGCCCCCUCCCCCUCCUCCAAAACCUCCACCACCAUCACCUCGUCCACCACCACCUCCUCCAUCACCGGCACCACCAUCCCCCCCCCCUCGGGGCAGCAUCCAGGCGACACUAAAGGCAGGGGUUUCCAUGUCAAUGGUAUGGAAGUGAAACAUCCAUCAUCAAGAAAGGCAAAUCAUCAGGAACAGAAUACAUGUGCUGAUACAAGAAAUACAACCAAAGACGAUUAGGACGACAAAGAGGAAGUUAGGAAGAGGUUCAUCAUUAAUCGUUUUUUGUGGAUCUCUAAGCAGCACGGUAAUACUGACUGUAUGCAAUACUGACUGUAUGUGGGUGAUUACAUAACGAUAACGAUACUGUAUGUGGGAGAUGAUAAUAAUGAGGAGGAUGAUGAUGAAGCAGACAUGGAACAGAGGUUGAUUGUGGACCAGCACAGACAGCUGGCAGAGACUAGGGCUGUAGGAGGCUCUACAUCGUUGGGGAUUUGACCCCCGGAGCAGCAGGAGGCAACAAAAAAAUGUCCCGGGUUGCUACAGGGCAGAGGGAGAGAAUUUACCCCUCCCACCUCCAACGUUGACCCCUGUGGUGUCUGGUGGACCUGGAGAGACUCACCGUCCAACCAGCCCCUCCACCUGGGGGGGUACUAUCUGAACACGCCCUGCCCCCCCACCAUAACUCCCCCUCCCCUGUAGAACAAGCCCCGUCCAACUGCUGCUCAAUGGUCUGCAGCCGCCAAACCCCCUGGUGGUCAGCAGCAUUAGAGGAAAAAGAAGAGGAGACCAUUGAUCAAACCAGACCUUGCAGCACAGUCCCCCCCUCCCUCCUG